AUGGAAGCGAGCCACAUCUUGCUUGGGAGGCCAUGGCAAUUUGAUAGACGUGUAACCCAUGAUGGCUUAACCAACAAGCCUUCUUUUGAGUGCAAGGGAAAAAGAACUAUCCUGGUUCCUCUGACUCCUAAAGAAGUGCAUCAAGAUCAACUUCAGCUUCAAAAGAAGAAAGAAAUCGACCUCAAGCCAGAGCAAAACAAGCAACACAACUUCUAUGCCAAAACCGGUGAUAUUAAAAGAUCUCUUUACUCUAAUCAAUCAGUUCUCUUAUUUGUUUUUAAAGAAACUCUUUUGAAUCUAACUGAUUGUACACCGGUGUAUCCGAGUGAGAUGGCUACUCUUUUGCAGGAAUAUAAAGAUGUAUUUCCGGAAGACAACCCCAUUGGUUUGCCACCCACUCGUGGAAUUAAGCAUCAGACUGACUUUGUACCAGGAUCUGCUCUUCCUAAUCGACCAGCAUACAGGACCAAUCCAGUUGAGACCAAGGAACUCCAAAGACAAGUUGAGGAACUGAUGGAGAAAGGUCACAUACGAGAGAGCAUGAGCCCAUGUGCUGUACUCGUUCUUCUUGUGCCUAAGAAAGAUGUAUAUUUUGAUGAUAUCCUUGUUUACAACAAAUGUCUAGAAGAGCAUAUAGAUCAUCUUAGAUUGAGUAAAGGUGGAUCAAGAAAAGGUGAGGGCAAUUCAAGAAUGGCCAAGUCCUCAGACAGUAAGUGA